UCGACACGCCCAUACGAAUCAGCUGUCUGUAGAUUGACUAUAAAUGUGCGAAUAAUUUUUAGUGAGGUAUCACUUCAAGUUCAGCAACCAAAGCAACAGUCAACAAUGGCAGCUAAAUUCGUAGUUCUCUUCGCCGCUUUGGCUUACGCUAAUGCUGGAUAUUUGGGACUCCCAGCGGCAGUUUCAACUUACUCUGCUCCAGCUCUAUCUUACGCCGCCCCAGCAGUGGCUGCAGUUCAUGCUGCUCCAGUAGCUUCUUCAUACUCAUACACAAAUAAAAUCCAAUCAGCACCUGUUGCAUAUGCUGCCCCUGCUAUCUCAUACGCCGCCCCAGCUGUAGCUGCCGUUCAUGCCGCUCCAGUAGCCAUCGCUAAGACCCUUCCAGCAGCCACUUCUUACUCUUACACCAACAGAAUUUCCCAAUCUGCAUAUGCUGCCCCAGUUGCCACCUACGCUGCUGCUGCUCCAGUAAUCAAAUCUUAUGCUACCUCCUAUGCCGCUGCUCCAGCAAUCUCAUACUCUGCCCCAGUAGCCAGCUAUUCAGCUAUCCAUGCUGCCCCAGUUGCCACAUAUGCCGCCGCCGCUCCAGUAGUCAGAGCUCAAGGUGUGUCAGUCCACCCAUCUCCAGCCCUUUCUUAUGCUGCUCCAGUAGCUGCUGUACAUGCUGCCCCAGCACUCACCUCCUACGCUGCUCCAGCUAUCACAUCCUACGCUGCCCCAGCUAUCACAUCCUACGCUGCUCCAGCUAUCACCUCCUACGCUGCCCCAUCUUUCACCUCCUACGCUUCCCCAGCUAUCACUUCCUACGCUGCUCCAGCUUUGGCUUACUCCCAGAAACUCCAUCUUUAAAUUCUCGACUGAAGACAAAUAUGUGGUUCAUCCAGUUGAUGACCGUGAUACCUUAUUAUUUUCUUUAUGUAAAUAAAUUAAAAUAAAUUAAGAAACAAUA